CGAACAAUGGGCAAAACUUGAUGUCACAAUAUCCCUAUUAACAAAAAUGUAUCUACGAAUCAGGAUAAUCGGUGACAGUAAUAAUAUCUCAAAGAAGUUUCAUUUUAAUAGAAAAUAUAUUUUAAGUAAUUAAAAAUAUUGUAUUUGAGAAUCACCAGGAAUGACACAGUAACUUUUACGUCGCAAGUGUUGCAACUUUGUUAACAUAAGAAAGAAAGAGGUGUAAAUAACAGUAGACAUUUUCAAUAUUUUGCAUGAUAGUUUUGGAUUUCAUGCGUUUCCGUCAAGGCACAGCAACAUUGUUACUCUGAUCAUUUAUUUAAAGACAAACCAAACAUGACGGAGGACAUGUUAGGUGCAGAUAUCUGUAGAGUCUGUAGGUCUGAAGGUCUUGCAGAUAGACCUUUGUUUCAUCCAUGCAUUUGUACAGGCAGUAUUAAAUGGAUACAUCAAGAAUGUUUAGUGCAAUGGAUGCGUUAUUCACGUAAAGAAUAUUGUGAACUAUGUGGAUAUCGUUUCUCAUUUACACCGAUCUAUAGCCCAGACAUGCCACGCCGUUUGCCACUAAGAGAUGUUAUUGGUGGAUUAUUUUCUAAUAUUGUCACAGCAGUCAAAUAUUGGUUGCAUUAUACUUUAGUUGCAAUUGCGUGGCUUGGUGUUGUUCCAUUAACUGCUUGUAGAACAUACAGAGCUUUGUUUAGUGGACCUCUUGAUCUAAUUCGAAUAAUGUCAUUACCAAUGGAUAUGCUAUCUGCAGAAAAUAUAUCUUCAGAUGUAUUUCAUGGUUGCUUUGUAGUUACUUGCACGUUAUUUGCGUUUGUUGGUUUGGUAUGGUUAAGGGAACAAAUUUUACAUGCUGGUGGUCCAGAUUGGCUUGGAAGAGAUAUUGUACAAGUACACGCAGGUCGUAAUCAUGCGCGUUUAGUCAUACCUGAACAGCCACUUCAAGGGCAGAGAGCCCUUCAGCAGCAGGAAAUUCAAGAUAAUAAUAAUGUUCCACCUUUUGUCGAUGAACCUCCUGUUUUGUUAGCAAAUCCAAACAAUGACAAUCCUAGAAAUGCGGAAGGACAUAGGAUAGAGGAUAAUAAUUUAGUAAAUAACGAGAGGACACAUGAAACGGAAGGACAUGGUAGAGAUAUUGAAUUACAUGCAGGUGCUAGAAAUGGAGAACAACAAAUAGAUCAGCUUCCUAGAGAAAUGGAACCAGCUGUAGCUCCCAGAGAUAUAGAACCAGUGAUACCUCGUAGAGACAUGGAACCAGCUAUAGCUCCCAGAGAUAUAGAACCAGUGAUACCUCAUAGAGACAUGGAAGUACAAGUAGAUGGUGAACAAGCGAAUGCAAGAGCUGGCGAAGGGUGGAGAGAUCAAGUUCAAGGUCAAGCACAAGGAGAAGCCGAAGAGGCCAACUGGAAUCCAAUGGAAUGGGAUAGACCAGCUGAAGAGUUAACGUGGGAACGGCUUUUAGGCUUGGAUGGUUCUCUAGUGUUCCUUGAACAUGUAUUUUGGGUUGUGUCCCUAAAUACUCUAUUUAUCAUGGUUUUCGCUUUUUGCCCUUAUCAUAUUGGUAGUUUCGCAAUAGCGGGACUAGGAUUGCAAGAAUAUGCAGCGGCAUCUCAUUUUGAGGGAUUAGUAACAACAUUGUGUGGUUAUUGUGUAAUCGGAGUCUGUUUAGUGGUUCUUCAUACACUUGCAGAUCUUUUAGCUUUUUACCACUCACAGCGUAUACUAGGUUUAUGUUAUGUUAUAGUAAAAGUUUCUUUACUAUCCGUCGUCGAGAUAGGUGUACUUCCUUUAGUAUGUGGUUGGUGGUUAGAUAUUUGUUCGUUAGCAAUGUUUGAUGCUACUCUUAGAGAUAGAGAAUCCGCUUUCAAAUUAGCACCCGGCACUUCAAUGUUUAUUCAUUGGGUGGUUGGAAUGAUUUAUAUAUAUUAUUUCGCUUCGUUCAUUCUACUGUUACGGGAAGUGUUACGGCCUGGAGUAUUAUGGUUCUUAAGAAACUUAAAUGAUCCUGAUUUCUCUCCUAUGCAAGAAAUGAUACAUCUUUCAAUUUUGAGACACGUGAAAAGGCUCGUUGCAUCUGCAGUUAUAUUUGGGACGACCAUUUUAUUAAUGUUAUGGUUACCGGUGAAACUGUUGAGGUGGGCAUGGCCAGGAUUUUUACCGUAUACAGUGACUGUUCAGAGUGAAACUCAGAUCAGUGAGUUUUCAUUGGAACUGUUGUUACUGCAAGUGAUUCUUCCUGCGUUAUUGGAACAAACCCACACACGUACAUGGUUAAAGUCUCUUGUAAGGGGCUGGUGUCGAGUAGUAGCCUGGAUGUUAGAUCUCCAAUCAUAUCUUCAGAGAGACCAGACGGAUGAUCCGGAACCAGCAGUGAUCGAAGAGCCGCAACAUCUUGAUUUAGGUGCUGCGCAUCAGGCUUUACUGCCUAGAGACGGACCAACAGUUUUCCAACCAUAUGUCAGGCCACGCUGGUUUCCUGCUAGGCUGAUCGGUCUUUUGUUCUGCGUAUGCGUUUCUCUCGUUAUCGCUAGCUUGAUUGCAAUGACUCUUCCUGUUUGGCUUGGACGCAGAGUAAUGGCACUGUGGAUGGUUGGAGCUCCUGCUCCAUUUCCACCAGUAUUACCACCUACUUUAAGCGGAUCUGAAACCAAUGAAGCAGUGGUUGCUUUAUCUGGACGAGUACACGAGGUCUACACUGUAGCUUGUGGAACGUAUGUAUGUUGGGGCGCCGCAAGAGGAUUAGCUUUGGCAUUCUCUUGGCUGCCACGUGGACGAAGGGCUGUAAUAGACAGAGUAAAGCAUUGGGCAAUCAUUGGCCUUAAGGCAUCAGUUGCAUUUUUUCUACUUAUUGGCCUAAUACCAUUGUUAUUUGGACUUCUUCUGGAAUUAAUCGUCGUAGUACCUUUACGUGUACCACUAGAACAGAAUCCGAUAUUAUUUAUCUGGCAAGAUUGGGCUUUGGGUGUUUUGUACACAAAAAUAGCGACAGCCCUUACGUUGAUGGGACCGGAUUGGAGAAUUCGAAUGGCAAUUGAACGAGCAUACAAUGACGGCAUUAGAGAAAUAGAUUUAAAAUUUAUCGUGACUGAAUUAGCAGCUCCAGUAAUAUGUUGCUUCGGUCUUGCUUUAGCUGUUCCGUAUGCCGUAGCUUAUGGAAUAGUUCCACUUUUAAUUACGAAUCUGCAGACACAAAUUCUUAUCGCUAGACAUUUGUACCCUUUCCUCCUAAUGGUGUACUUAGUAUGUAUUGUUAUAUGUAUUCAAAUUCGUCAAUUUAAGAAACUUUAUGAACAUAUAAAAAAUGACAAAUACCUUGUGGGACAAAGAUUAGUGAACUAUGAACAUCGGAAUAAAUCUCAGUCACAACAGUCUCAAGCAUCCAGCUAAAAUUAUUAGUAUAAUUAUUUUUCAAUGGCGAUAUCAAAUUAUUGGAAAUUUUGGUUUAAAAUACAUUCUUUAUCGCGCAUAAAUAUAACGGACGUUACCUUACGUUGAUUAGAUCUUAAUUUCUGCUGUACUAAUUUAUUAAGUGAUACUGAAGCAAUUAAAAUGAUCCUUGUUCAAUGUAUCGCUUUUUAUCAUUUCAUCGCGCGAUAUCGGACGGGUAUAAUUUAAAGAACAUGAAAUUGAACUUGUCUGUUCAUUAUUAAUUACACUAAUAAUUUUGUAAGUAGAACAUAAAUUGAAGUUCUCAACCCUAGAAAUACAAUGUACAAAGUUUCAAACUCUAUUCAGUUGCUUACAAAAUAGAGUAUCGGGUAAAAAAUGUCGUGAAAGUAUAGUUACAUUUUAAUUGGGAAGUUGUUAGAAACAAAUUAACGCAAUUAUAUUUUAUUGUAAAAAGUUAAGAUUUAAGCAGAAAAUAUCCAUACAUUGAUGGAAAUAAAUGAAACUAUAUUUCCUGAGAGUAUACUAGCGAAACCUUUUGAUGCUUAAAUCGUAAAGUACCGUUUAUCAUUGGACGUCAAAUGCUCACGUUAAUUCACAGCCGUAUUAACUUUAUCUUUUUAAAUAUACGCUAUGUUAUUAUUAAUACAGUACAUUUACUUUA